UCCAAAAUAAAAGGUGCCGAAGCUCCUCAAGACUACUAGAAAAAGGAGCGUCCCCCUUGUAGACCCUUUACGACGUUAUUUAGUAUGUGCGCUCUGCACACGUUCAGAUGCCCCCCUCCCUUAAGAUAACGCGAAACUUUUCAGAAGUCAGCCGGGACGCGAGAAACAACUUCUAAGGCUGAGCUGUCUGUGCUCAGAGCAAAAUGGGAAGGUUUGAAACGGAAAGGAGGGGUUAUAGUGGGAACGAAAAUCGAAAGUAAAACGAGUCUGCUGCUCUCUCUUAUUGCAUUUGAGCGAGAAACUACUUCUAAGCUCAGCCAUUUCCCAAGAUGGCUGAGAGGGAGGAGGUCUACAUUUUCCCAGUCUUGGUGGAAGCGAAUUGGGGCUGCAAGAUUUCCAAAAGUCUGAAGAAUAAGCUUUUGCUCUACUUCCAGAGUUCGAAGAGAUCAGGAGGAGGAGAGUGCAAGAUCCAUGUGGAAGCCGGCAAGGAGGAGCGGGUAGUGGUCUGUUUCGCAGAGGAAGAAGUGAGGCAGAGAGUCCUUAACAUGAGCCACCAUGAACUUGAUUUGCCUGAAAAAAAGAAAUUGAAGCUGGCCGUCUCCUUGUCUCCUGAGGCAGCAGCUGACGAUGAGCCCCAGCAAGAACCAAAUGCAAGUCCGAAGCCUGUUACAGCUGAAGAACCCAAAGAUCUGGAACUUCCAAAAGAUGUGCCAGAAAAGUUGGUGGCCCAGGAAGAAUUCAGUGAAGUGGUAGUGACGCCUGUGGGGAACGAAGUUGAGCUGGAGACUAUAGAGAUGUACUUUGAAAGUAAGAAGCACUCUGGCGGGGGCCCCAUUAAGUCCUGCAUUCAAGAUGGAGAACAAUUCAUCAUCACCUUUGCAAACAAAGAAGAUGCUCAGGAAGUUUUGAAAAGAGAGAGUCACGUAGUAAAUAAAACUGCACUUCAAGUCAGACAGCCCCAGCAGGAGACCGCCCAAGCUGCGUCACAAAUGUCGGCUUCUCUCGUUGUUGUUCAGAACGAUUUGCAAGAGCCCGUAGAAGAAUGCAUGCUAGUUCUGUUGGUAGAGAAUACCAGCAGCUUAUCAGAAUCGGACAAGGAUUUCACUGUGGAAAUUUUGCCGGAGCUCAGCGCUGCUGUACUCAGUUUCAUCAAGCCUAUAGAAAUAGACCAAUUUAUCAAAGACUUCAAUCAGUACCAUAGGGCUAAGCAAUUACACUUUUCUGCACAUUCUCUGGAGGUGACGAAAAGCAUUCUGGUAGAAGACAUCCCGCCUCGCAUCUCUCAGGACUUCAUCAGUGUCUAUUUUGAAAGCAAGAAGCAUGGAGGUGGACCAGUGUCAGAUGUCAGCUACCUUCAGGAAGAGAAUUCAGCUGUGGUUACUUUUCAGGAUAGCAAAGAUGUAACUACCAUCUUGAAGAGGAAGCAUUCUUUUAACAGCGUGCCAGUUCUUGUCCAUCCAUACUAUGCCUCUUUGGGAACAGCUCUCUACGGGAAAGAUAGAUCACAAAUUAGGAUGCCGGACCCAAUCGGACUGCCAAUAGAUCCCUACCACUGGCAAUUUUUACAGCAGAAUCCACAGGGACUUCAGGAAAUCAGCCAUGCAAUGGCAGGUUGCUAUUGUGAGGUUGAGUGGCCUGCUAGGUAUUGUUCACACCCAGAAAUUACCCUGCGCCCUUCUUUUGCCUUAUCUAAGCAGAAAAGCUUCCUGGUCAAGACCUGGCAAGAAAAUGUUUCUACCCGUUUGACACAGUUCCUGUCCAAGCAGAAGGUUGCCAAGUGUGUACUGAAUGCUGAAAUCUGGGAAGCCAUAAGAAAUAACAUAGUAAAAGAUGACAUUUGGAUCUUGCCCGAUAUUGCAAAGGGGAUAGUUGUCAUGGUUGGGGCACCAGAAGCUGUCAGGUGCUUGGAGGAGGAAAUGCAGGUGCUCAUUGAAAAAGCUGCUAAAAAGAUUGAAAGAGAGAAGCAAACAAUAGAGGCAACUGUUCCUGUUGUUGCUGGAAAAUACACUAUUUUAAACAAUGCUGGACUACAGGAUAGUAUCCACAUGGAGUACCCAGAUCUAAAGAUUGCAUAUGAUGCUUCCAGAGGGCUUAUAACACUGCAUGGUGUAGCUGCUGAAGUUUUUAAAAUAAAAAGCGAAAUUUUCGAAAGGAUAUCCCGCAUGGAGCAACGAUAUGUUGAUGUUCAUCCUUACAUUCUUCUUUUUAUGCAACAUGUAGAUAAUGAACAUCUAUCACAACACUUAUUUUGGUCCAAAAAGAUCAAUGCAUUCUAUGAGCUUGAGGAGAAGGCGGUUCUACUGAUUGGGGCAGCUCGCCAGGACCUUCAACGGGCUGAGGAAGAAAUGAAGACGAAGCUGACCUGCAAAUGUGUUGAACUGGAGGACAACUCGAUUCUCGGAAAGAGAGAGUGGAAAGAACUGACCAACAGUUUGUGCAAGAUUGUACAACUGAAUAAUUGUUCAAGUGAAACCAUCAGAAUUCAGGAGAUGGAGGAUCAAAUAGUGAUUGCAGGCUAUUUCGAAGAUGUAGGCAGUGCCUAUCAGAAGAUCUUUGAUUUUGUUGACAGAAACACAAAAAUACAAAAAACCAUCAGGACUAAAUCUACAGCAGUUACAAUGUAUGUGGAAGAGGAGAAGCGUAAUAGUUGGCUUAAAUUGGAGCAGCAAGGCAUAACAAUACGUUUUGGCAUGCAGGCAAAUCGCAGGCUGAUUUCGCUGGAAGGACCCCGGGUAGAAGUCCUGAAGGGACUUGAGCUCUUUCAAAACACCCUGUCCUCUCUGUAUUGUACUAAAAUGGUAAUAGAUAAACCAGGAGCCAAAGAAUUCUUCAAGGAACAAGAACAUUUAUAUGUUGCUGGUGCCAAACAACAAUUUAACUGUUUAAUCAGGAUUCAGGAAAGCUCGGAAGAAAGUGAAGAGGAGGGCGGAGAUGUGAAUAGACCUGAAGAAAAGAGACUGCCAAGCUGCGAAGUUAAGCUAGAAGGUGGCAUCGUAGUAGCAGUUCAUAAGGGUGACUUGACCCGUUACUCGGUUGAUGUUGUGGUCAAUGCAUCCAAUGAAGACCUGAAGCACAUUGGUGGCCUUGCAUAUGCGCUGCUAAAAGCGGCUGGCCCACAGCUGCAAAGUGAGUGCGACGACCUAGUCAGGAAGUAUGGAUGUUUGAAGCCUGGCCGUGCAGUUAGAACACGUGCUUGGAAUCUUCCAUGUAAAGAAUUGAUCCAUGCAGUUGGGCCGAGGUGGAACAGUUCAGAAAAAGAGAAAUGUACCCAACAGUUAAAGGAAGCCGUGAAGCAAAGCUUAAACCUGGCAGAAACAUAUAGCCAUCGCUCUAUAGCCAUCCCUGCCAUAAGCUCUGGGAUUUUUGGAUUUCCAUUAGACGAGUGUGCCCAUACCAUUGUAACAUCCAUUAAGGAACACUUGGAAGAAACCUCUGGGAGUGGCUGCCUAAAAAAGAUACUCCUUGUGGAUUCUAAUGAAAAUACUGUUCGGGCACUGUCAGAAGCUUUGAAUGAAAUAUUCACAGACACACUGCCCCCAUCUAAGUCUUCCUUAACCUCCAAAACUAAGAGCCACGCUACAAAGAGUAGGAAAGAACCUCAAGAAAUAACUACAGCUGAAGGUGUGAAAAUAGUACUACAGAAAAAGGGAAUUGAAGACUCCACAGCGAAUGUAAUUGUCAACAGCGUUUCCAGAGACCUGCAGCUGGACAAAGGUCCGCUCUCCAAGGCUCUGCUUGCCCGAGCAGGAAUGGAACUCCAGGAGCAAUUGACCAAAGAAGGUCAAGGAAAGGACAUCAAAGAGGGAUGUGUGUUGAAAACAAAUGGCUAUGCUCUGGGUUGCUUUCAUGUGCUGCAUGCCCAUUUGCCUUCUUGGAAUCAGGGUAAAAAAUCUAAGAUCCUGGGAGAGAUUGUUGAAGAAUGUCUGGAAACCACUGAGCAGCUUUCUCUGAAUUCCAUCGCGAUCCCAGCCAUUGGGACGGGUAACUUACUAUUUCCCAAGCAGUUUGUUGCUAAAGCAAUGUUUGACGAGGUGUUCAAAUUCAGUCGGAAAGCGAAUCCCCACUCUCUUAAAGAAGUUCAUUUUGUUCUGCAUCCGAGUGAUACGGAUACCAUCAAGGCAUUUACAGAUGAAUUAAACAACAGACUGAAUCCCAGCCAAACAAAUAUAGUACCUGACAGCUCCCAGCAGCUAGGUCAAGCUUCCUUUGGGAGUAUUUCAUCGCCAAAGUCUGGAGUUCAUAAAAUGCAGAUUGGCUCAGUUCUGUUGCAGGUGGAAUGUGGAGAUAUCACCCAAGAAACCACAGAUGCUAUAGUGAACAUAACCAAUACCACGUUUGAUCUUAAAGUUGGUGUUUCCAAAGCAAUUCUGGAUGGAGCUGGACCAGGGAUGGAACAGGAAUGUGCUCAACUAGCUACUCAGCCUCACAACAAUCUCAUAUGCACGCAAGCAGGAAACCUGAAGUGUAAAAAUGUAAUCCACCUUGUGGCCCAAGAAGAUACCAAGGCACAAGUCUCCAAAGCUCUCGUGGAAUGUGAACAAAGGCAAUUUUCCUCUAUUGCUUUUCCUGCAAUUGGGACAGGUCAAGCAAAACGUGACCCAACUGCAGUGGCCAAUGAUAUGAUAGAUGCUAUAGUAGACUUCAUAAGUCAAACACCUUCUCCACAGGUGAAGAUGAUUAAAAUAGUAAUUUUCCAGCCACAUCUUCUAAGUAUUUUUUUUGCAAGUAUGCAAAGAAAAGAAGCUGCACCUAGCAAGCAUGGUGGCACAUCCUCGUCAAACUCCAUUUUUUCUAGAUUAGUAGAUUUCUUUAGCUUCAGAAAAUCUGCUGAGGGAGCUAACCCUACAAUACUUUUGGAGAGAACAGUAGAGCCAACCAUUUUUCAAAUCUGUGGUGAUAGCCGGAAGAAUGUCGAAGAGGCAGAAUUUUGGAUGAAAGAUCUGAUUUUGAAGGGCCAGUAUGAAACAGUUGUCUCAGAUAAAUGGAUCUCAAACUUUGGAGAAAGCGAAUAUGAAAAACUGAGAGCUCUUCAGCAGCGGCUGCAUGUUGCUAUUAGGCUAGAGUAUAAAGAUUCUUCUCCUUCCCUCCACAUUGUUGGCAUAACCAAAGAUGUCUUGACAGCCAGCUCAGUAAUUAAAAGCAUGGUCCAAAGCAUGGAGGAGCAGUCAAAGGCAGAUAUUCUCAGCAACUUUGUUGAGUGGCAGUAUGAAGACAAUGGGAAAUACAAAGCCUUUGAUAGCCUGACAAAUAUGUACUUAGAAUCUGCAGCACACCAGCUUGAAAUAACCAUAAGGAACAAAAGCUACAAAGUGGACCCAAGUAAACAGUGUGCAGUGGAUAACCAAGGGAGAAGCAUCACCCUUCGCCGUGUAUCAAAAGCUGAAGGUAAUCUGGCAGUGGACUUACCUGAACAGUGGGAAGACAUGGGGCAAGCACAUCUCAAAAUAGUGGAGCUAAAACCAGAAACGGAGGAAUAUCAAACUGUCAAGAAGAUGUUUCUCCAGACUUGCAGCGUAUUUACUAUUGUAAAGAUUGAGAGGAUCCAAAAUCCCUACAAAUGGCAGCAGUACCAAAUAAAAAAGAAGGAGAUGGAUGACAAAAAUGGCCAUACAAAUAAUGAGAAGCCCCUUUUUCAUGGAACAGCUUUUACAUCGAUAAAGCUCAUAAAUGAUUACGGGUUUAAUCGAAGUUAUGCAGGAAUGCACGCUGCAGCAUAUGGAAAUGGAACCUAUUUUGCUGUAAAUGCCCAGUAUUCUGCCUGUGAUACUUAUUCAAAACCAGAAGCUGAUGGGAAAAAGUACAUGUACCUUGCUCGAGUACUCACCGGAGAAUAUUGCCCUGGAGCGCAAGGAUUAGUUGUCCCCAAACCCAAAAAUGCAGCCGAUCCCACUGUUCUCUUUGACAGUGUGACUGAUAAUGUUUCUAAACCUUCCUUGUUUGUCAUUUUCAAUGAUAUCCAGGCAUAUCCAGAAUAUCUCAUCACUUUUAAGAAGGAAAACGAAAAUGAAAGUGACGGCUCCUCGGCCACUCUCGGCAACAUGGCGGAGGGGAGGAGGCCCUUGUCUCCAUUCGCCGUGCGGGUGCAGGCGGAUUGGGGGACCCCAGAACCCCCCAAACAGCUGAGAAACAAACUUUUGCUCUACUUCCAGAGCCGGAAGAAGUCGGGAGGCGGAGAGUGUGAGAUCCAGCUGCAAUCCGGACAGGUCUUGGUUUGCUUUGCUAAGGAAGAAGUGAGGCAAAGGGUUCUUUCCAAAGAGACCCAUGAACUUGACCUAGAGGGAAAAGGAACAUUGAAGCUGGUGGUCACACAGCAUGAAAAAACUGCCAAAGAGAAUGUGCCCAAGAAGGAAACUGAUCUUCAUCAGGCUUCCAGGGGAAAAGACGUGGCAGAAGAGACUGAUGUGCAGCAAGACUUGCAAAAAGAGGGCAUCAAAGCAAACAGAUCGACACAUGAAACUCCCUGUCACAAGGAGGAUAUCCUCACCAAAUCCCACACCUCUUCCCGUGUCAUUCUUGAAAAUGUUGAGGAAUUUUUCGACAAGCCUGAUGUGUUAAAUCUGCUUGUAGAGAAUAUCAGUGGACUCUCAGAAGGAAGUGAUUUUGAGAUUGAACAGAUAAACGAGAGAAAUGCCGCAGUGAUAACCUUUCAGCAAAGUAUCGAUGCUGCAAAUUUUGUAUCCCAGUGUCGCAGGAACAUCAGGUUUAAAGAAUUCAAAAUUACUGCCAAGCUUCUUGAAUCAACGCAGAUGAUCAAAGUUGAAAAUAUUCCAUCAGGAGUACUCAAAGAUUAUUUAAUUCUCUAUUUUGAAAGUCCAAAGCAUGGAGGAGGACAAGUGUCUAGUAUUCAAAUGUCGCCUGAGGAGAAUUCAGCCAUCGUUACUUUUUGUGACCACCAAGCUGUUCAGGCAGCAUUGGAAAAGCAGCAUUUUUUUGACAAUCAACCAGUUUCAGUUUAUCCAUACUACGGUUCUUUAGAUAUGGUUUUGUAUGGAAAGGAGAGGGCUGAAAUCAAGAUGCCAGACCCCGUCAGAGUCCCCUUAGAUCCUUAUAUCUGGCAGUUUCUACAGGGGAAGGACGGCCUGGUCCAAGAAAUAAAUCAAGAAAUGGCAAAGUGUCACAGUGAGCUAACGUGGCCUCAGGCGACUUGCAAACAGCCAGAAGUUGUGAUGCACCCUUCAGCUGCCUUAUGUAAACAAGGAAGGUCAAUGAGGGAACUGAUCAAGACUUGGAAAGAUAAAGUUUCUAUGGAGUUUACAUGCAUCAUGUCCAAGUUCAAGGCUGUUCAAUGUAAAACCAUCCCAGCAGCAUGGCCUACCAUAGAAAACAAUUUGAUAAAGGAUGUUUUGGCAAUUUGGGAUGUUUCCAAAGAAACAGUUACCCUCGCCGGUUUUGUAUUUACUGUGGACGGUGUGAAGAAAUCGAUAAACGAAUACAUGGAAAAUUUGACCAAAGAUGCAGAAAGAGCUAAGCAAACUAUACGUGAAACUUUGGCAGUCACCCCAGGGAAGUAUGCCGUUCUGCAUCAGGUUUUGCUUGAAGAGAAUGUCUAUAAAGAGAACCCAGACCUAAAGUUCUCUUACGAUACAUCAGCUGAGAUGGUGCAGCUGAGUGGAAUGGUUGCGGAAGUCUAUAAGAUGAAAUGUGCAUUACAGGAGAAGCUGUAUAACAUAAAGGAGAAAAAAGUCAACACCCCCCCUGCAAUAUUCCAAUUCCUACAGCAUGCAAAUAGCAGAAAGGUAACAGUGAUCAUAUUUGGUGCAAAUAAAAUCAAUGCCUCCUAUGAACUUCAAUAUGAUUCUGUAGCAUUAUUCGGAUAUCUUGAUGACAGUCUCUUGAAAGCAGAGGAGCAAAUGAUGAAAAACCUAGCUCAUAAAUCUAUUACUUUGAUGAAUCGUGAGCUCGUCAACAAAAGGGAAUGGAAAGAACUCACUGAGCGAUUGCAUAAGAAGCACAAUUCUGUUGAGGUAGCUUUCGUAAUUGAUGUUUGCCUCACUUUGGAAGAAGAGGCCAAAGUAACCAUUGCUGGUUAUACAAAAACUGUAGUCGAUGUUUAUCAGGUGCUUUCUGACUUUGUUGAAAAAAACACACAAAUUCGAAAAGUAAUCCCUGCCAAGGCUGUGGCCGUUGUGCAGUUUAUGGAGAAGGAAAAGGGCAACGUUUGGCAGAACCUGAGGAAGAAUGGUCUGAAAAUCAAUUUUGGGCAGCAAGCUCAGGAGAAGAAUAUUGUCCUGAGUGGGCCUAGAGCAGAUGUGAUGAAAGCAGCUGCUGUGGUUGAACAAGAGCUGGCUUUACUGCAUUUUGUUAUCGUGUCGUUUGAUAAACCGGGAGUGAAAAAUUUCUUCAAAACCCGAGAACUUACCUACAUUACUGAAGCAAAGCAAACCUUUCACUGUUUGAUCAGGUUGCAGAAAGAAGGAGAAGAUAAAGGAAACUUUGAUGAAAAACUAGGGCACCCUCACGCUAAAAUAAUUUUAAAACAUGGUGUUGUGGUAGAGGCUUAUAAGGGUGACUUGACCCGUUCCUCAGUUGACGUUGUGGUCAAUGCAUCUAAUGAAGACCUGAAGCACAUUGGUGGCCUUGCAGAUGCCCUCUUAAAAGCGGCCGGCCCACAGCUGCAAAGUGAGUGUGAUGACCUAGUCAGAAAGCAUGGACGUUUGAAGCCUGGCCGUGCAAUUAGAACACAUGCUUGGAAUCUGCCAUGUAAAGAAUUGAUCCAUGCAGUUGGGCCGAGGUGGAACAGUUCAGAAAAAGAGAAAUGUACACGACUGUUAAAGGAGGCCGUGAAGCGAAGCUUAAACCUGGCAGAAACAUAUAACCAUCGCUCCAUAGCCAUCCCUGCCAUAAGCUCUGGGAUUUUUGGGUUUCCAUUAGAAGAGUGUGCCCAUACCAUUGUAACAUCCAUUAAGGAACACUUGGAAGAAACCACUGAGAGUGGCUGCCUGAAACAGAUCUGCCUUGUGGAUAUGUCAGAUAAUACAGUCCAGGCUCUUGCUGAUGCUUUGAAUGAAAUAUUCGGAGAGGGGUCACCCAAAACCAAAUUACUGCCCAAACCCAAAUUACCGCUCAAUCAGCCCAAGGAAAUGGGAGAGAACGUUCAUGUGGUGACUUCUGCUGAAGGUGUGAAACUGAUACUUGAGGAAAAAGGCAUUGAAGAUGCGACGACCGACGUUGUCGUGAGCAGUAUUGGAACUGAUCUGAAGCUUGGUGUGGGUCCACUUUCCAAGGCUGUGCUGCAGAAGGCAGGACCAAUGCUCCAAGCUGAGUUUGAUCAAGCAAUCCAAAACCAAGGAGCUCAGGGCAGCUGUGUGAUCCAAACAGGCGGAUAUAACCUGGCCUGUUCCAUUGUGCUCCAUGCCAUCAUUCCCCAAUGGGAUGCCGGAAAAGGACCUGCAAUUCAGAAGCUUAAGGAUAUUGUGAGAGAAUGCCUGGAGACCACUGAACAGCUGUCGUUGAGCUCCAUCUCCUUCCCAGCGCUUGGAACAGGAGGUUUUCACUUUCCAAAAUCUGAAGUUGCUAAAUUAAUUUUUGAGGAGGUGCUUCAAUUCAGUAGCAGGAAGAAUUUGAAGUCCCUUCAGGAAGUUCACUUUCUCUUGCAUCCAAAUGAUAAAGACAACAAACAGGUCUUCUCACAAGUGUUCUCUCAAGCUUCUGGAAUUUCCAUGGGUGUUCCCCCGAGUGAUGGAGACAGUACAGGUUUCUUUGGGCCUGUUUCGACCCCUAGUUUGGGAAUUCAUGAAAUGCAGAUUGGAUCAGUUCUAUUUCAGAUAGUAACAGGAGACAUCACAAAGGAAAAUACAGAUGUAAUUGUAAACUUAACAAAUGCAACAUUUGAUUCCAAAACAGGUGUCUCCAAAGCAAUUUUGGAAGGUGGCGGACCUCAAGUUGUAGCAGAGUGUGCGCUACAUGGCUCACAGUCUCACAAUGGAUUUAUAACCACGCAAGCUGGCAAUCUGGUCUGUAAGAAAAUAAUCCACCUUGCGCCCAAUUCUGAUAUCAAAAAUCAGAUCACCAUAGUGCUCAGUGAAUGUGAAGCAAAGAAGUAUACAUCUGUUGCCUUCCCUGCAAUUGGAACAGGCCAGGCAGGGAAGAACCCAGCAGACGCAGCUGAUGACAUGAUUGGUGCAGUUGCUGACUUUGUGGGCAAAGUACCACUGCAGUAUUUGCAAAUGAUCAAAAUAGUUAUUUUCCAGCCGCAUAUGCAGAAUGCUUUUUAUGCCUCUAUGAAAAAGAAAGAAGGUGCUGCAUUACCCACCUCUAAAUCUGUGUUUUCUAAAAUUAAAGAUUUUAUCUCUCGUAAGAAAAAAACCCAUGGAAAGAAACGUCAGUUGGUUGUGGAAACCAAGGUGGAGGUUGCCGUGUUUGAAGUCUGUGGUGAAAGCAAAGAAAAUGUUCAGGAGGCCGAGUCCUGGUUAAAGAAAAUGAUUCUUCGGGAACAGACAGAAAAGAUUAUCUCUGAUGAAUCAAUAGAUUUGUUUGGUGAUGAAGAAAUUAAGGAACUGAACAACCUACAGAAAAGACUGCAUAUUGCCAUUCAGCUGGAAAGAAAGCAAUCUCCACCUUUCAUUCUCGUAUCGGGCAUUCCUCGUGAUGUCCUGGAAGCCUACUCACAAAUUGAUGACCUGGUCAAGAAAAUUAAACGUGACCGGGAAGAGCAAUCGAAGGCAGAACUUGCUCAUAAUUUGGUCGAGUGGCAAUAUUGCACAAAAGGGAAUGAUUUUGCACCUUUUGACAAGUUAAGCAAUCUUCAUUUGGAAGAUGCUAGAAUGAGUAAGAAAAACACUAAUGUCCAAAUUCUCGGAAGGAGCUACACAGCAGACACCAGAAAAAUGUGUGCUGUGGAUGGCCAAGGAAAAACUGUAAACAUUAAGCGCAUUGUAAAGGAGGAAGGCGGACCGUCAGUACCUGUCCCUACACAAUGGGAAGAUAUGAAGGGACAUCGUGUCAAGAUGGUUUUGCUGCAACCUGCAACAGCAGAAUACAAAGAAGUUGAAAAGAAAUUCCGGAGUAGCUGCCCUGCAAACAAAAUAGAAAAGAUUGAGAGGGUUCAGAAUCCUUACCUCUGGAAAUCCUACCAACUCAAAAAGCAGGAUAUGGAUAAGAAGAACAGCCAUAACAAAAAUGAACAGAUUCUGUUCCAUGGGACUCCUGCUUCCACGGUGACCCCCAUUAACCACACUGGAUUUAAUCGCAGUUAUGCUGGAAAGAAUGCUGCAGCGAUUGGAAACGGGACCUAUUUUGCUGUCCAUGCAAGCUAUUCUGCAGGUGAUACAUAUUCCACACCAGACGCCAAUGGUAGCAAAUAUAUGUAUCUUGCUCGGGUUCUUACUGGGGAUUAUUGCACCGGAAAACACGGACUGAUUACUCCACCACCAAAAAGCAUUGGAGGCGUUGAAAUUUACGACAGCGUGACUGAUAACACGGAUAAACCAUCCAUGUUUGUCAUAUUUUAUGAUUCUCAGGCUUACCCAGAAUAUCUUAUUACCUUCAGAAGAUAAGUUGCUUUUGCAGCCAAACACCCAUUGUGCUGCCCCCCCAAUAAUCUGAAAAUGCUUUUUAGAAAUUACUAGUUUUUGAAAUUUCCGACUAAUUGGUUUAGCUAUGCCUUCCAAAGACUCAAAUAAUUUUGACUGAUAUCUAGUAAAGCUUGUGACACGCGUUUUGAAAGUGUGCUUGAAGUCAGGCAGGGUUUGUACAACUUGGUAACUUUAGUGUAGGUAGAACUGACUUGAACAGAAAAUGCUGAAAUUAAAAUAGGGUGGGUAAUAUAUUAGAACCAUGUGUGCUGUCAUCUCAUAAAGGCAAUGGGUAAAAUAUAUGAAGGGUGGUCUCCGAUGUCUGCCUUUCCCUAUACAUUCUUCAAUGUUCUACUCAGUUUGGGUGGAACUGCGCAUUGCACAUGGAUACAAGCCCUAUUGACUGCCGCUUCCAGGGAUAGCAGUUGCAGCAGGGCAGAGAAUCUCAUCUUUGCUCAGUGCCCUUUACAAUGGCAUCUUCUGUCCAGUCCCUUUCCCUGCUGCUCUCUAUAGAGUUGAAGAUGUGUUUGCUCUAAAAGAAAUAUGGUUGAGAAAUACCUUUUGUUAGUGGGCUAAAAGAAAUAUGGUUGAGAAAUACCUUUUGUUAGUGGGCUAGUGCAGUAGCAGCAGAAGUUACAAAGCAGCCAAGUGGAGCUUUGUAAUGUAGGUACAUCCUUACUAUCUUUGCUAGUUCUUAGGAAAUUUUGAGUGUCACCACUGUGCCUCCCAUCCACUUUUUCAGAUUGUUGUGCCUAUUUGCAGUGACUUGUCUAUGCUGUUCAGAUCAGCAGCCUGCACUACCUAUGCAGAGUGGCAAAUCAUUUUUCUCAGGUACUUAACAGGCAAGAAUGUGCCUAUUUCUGGAGACAUUUUUAGCAACGAGCUUUUUCUUAAAACGAAAAGGCCCGUAUGUAUUCACUGCAAGAGUUUCCUCUGAAAGCUCCUUAUCCCCUCUCUUGCUGGUUAGCAGGGAAUUAAAUGAAAAAAGAGAGGUCCUUUGAUAUAUCAGGGACAGACUGUUGAGUAAUGUUGCCAACUGACCAGAAAAAAUACCCAGCCUGGGGUUACUUCUGUGUCUUUGGCAGCAAUUUGAUACUGAGAAAUCAUCAGGUGAGGCGCUUCACAUAUUAUCUGCACAUCAAACAAAGGCCUAAUCUUAAGAGAAUGGGACAUUUUUAAAAGGCAAUGGAUGAUUCUCACAUCUGAGGCUUUAGAAAACAGUUCAGCCUCCUGUGAGAAAGCAUAAGAGUGCGAACAAGGAAGAGAGUACAUUUCUAGUAAUGUGUACGUCCAAGUGCCAAUAUGCAUAUUAUGCAGACUACAUGAGAAGCAACCAUCUCUGCUUGUAGAUACCUGAACUCUCAUGUCAAUAGGCAAAUAAAGCUGAAUCAGGGCAUUGCUAUCAAGAAGAGGAAAGAAAACACUUCUCAAGUUGUGGCUUUUUAGCAGCUUCCAGAGGUGGCUCUAAGAAGUUUUGAUUCUAUCUGUUUGGGUAUGCAUAGAGUAUGGUGUCCUUUCACACUACAGGUGUGGCUUUUGUUCUUAGCAAUAUUGUUUUAUAUGGUGUACACAUGAACUAUAAUGGAGUUGUCAGACUGAACUGCCAAUUCACAUCCCUGUUUACAGUUCUCUCUGCAUCUAUAUGGGCAUACAUACUGCCACCUUAGUCAAUGCUUCACACCUUUUGCCAUAAUAAACUUGCUGGACUUUAAAGUAUCGCACAAACAUUUGCUGCUGCUUCUUAGCAGCCAAUAUCCCUUGCUAUUAUUUUCAGCUGCUAGGACAAAAUUAGUCAAGUGCUUAGCUAACUCAAGGCAGAUCACUGAGGGGCAGACAGCACUAGGCCUAGGUAGAUGCUUUAAAGGUGUUCAGAGCAGUCCUUAAAUAUAUCUCUUUAUAUUCUGCUCAAUAGCUGCCACUUGCAAAAUUGUUAGCUUUCUUCUGCUGCCAGGUUAUACCAUUGUUUCAUUAACUAAUUUUGGUUUUGUCAUAUUUCAAAUGCCUGUAUUAUCAUGUGAUUUCUGCUAUUGCAACUCUCCUUAAAAUUAGUUCUAAUCUUGCCUCGCAUGUAAAUUUAUUAAAGGUUAUAAAAAUG